GGCUUAGCCAAUGGCAUUCAGUGCAAAAGUUGACACAAGAGAAAGUGUAGGUGCUUGAUUGAGAAUAUGAAGAUGGAGAUUGAGGAAGUUGGUGGAGCACAAGCACUUCCCCUGCUUUCACUCAAUCACGUGUCCCUUUUGUGCAGAUCAGUGUGGGAGUCUAUGAGGUUUUAUGAGGAUGUCUUGGGCUUUGUUCCUAUCAAACGCCCUUCUUCUUUCAAUUUCACUGGAGCAUGGUUUUACAAUUAUGGUGUUGGAAUACACUUGAUCGAGAAUCCACACAUCGAUGAAUUUGAUACCUGCGUCAAUGAAUCGAGGCCUAUUAAUCCCAAGGACAACCAUAUCUCAUUCCAGUGCACUGAUGUUGAGCUUGUUAAGAAAAGGCUAGAAGAGAGGGGAAUGAGGUAUGUGACAGCUGUGGUAGAGGAAGGAGGGAUCAAGGUGGACCAGGUGUUCUUCCAUGACCCUGAUGGCUACAUGAUUGAGCUCUGCAACUGUGACAAUAUCCCCAUCAUUCCUAUUUCUUCUUGCUCUUUCAAGCCUCGUGGCCAGAGCUUCAAGAAAACUGCUCCUUACAAGUGUGGAUUCAUGGAGAAUGUCAUGAUGGAAAGUUUGAGCACCGACAUGAUCAAUUUCUCCUUUUAAUAUUAAGCUGCCCCUAUAGUUUUUAAACAAAACUAAGCGGAGAACAAUAACUUCACUUCCUUGUCUUUAUUUCUUCUUUCUUUCUUUUUUGUUUAUAAGAUGAAAAAUGAUAGGUUGGGGGAUAAGAAGGUAAGGUUGUUAUUAAUUUAUGUAAAAACCGAUACUAAAGUAUCUAUGUGGUCUAGAAGUCUUGGUUUGUAAGGGAAUGGUGGACCAAGGUAAUUCUGUAUUGUUAUUGUAUUAUGUUUUGUUUGGAAUAAUAAAAAAAUUGUGAGUUGCUAAGUUGUA